CAAAAUGUUGACAGGACUGUAUUUUAUUAGAACUAGAUUAAUUUUCGGAAUAAUAUUAAUAACGUUUGCUUUCGUUGAUGAAAGGCAGUGUCUUUUUAUAAAUAAUUCAUCAAAUUUCUUUAGUCUGGCCCAAAAAUAUGGUUACAAGCCUGUGAAGUAUGAAGUUACAACGGACGACGGUUAUAUGCUUAGCCUUUUUCGUAUCCCUGGAAACGGAACACCGAUCCUUUUUUUACAUGGAUUAGAAGACAGCUCCGAUUCUUGGAUUCUCAGAGGAAAAGGCUCGUUGGGCAUUAAAUUGACCAGCAAAGGCUACGAUUGCUGGUUUGCCAAUUUUCGAGGCAACAGAUAUUCACGUAAACAUGUCACCAUAAAUCCAGACCAGGAGCGUUUUUGGGACUUCAGUUUCGAAGAGUUUGGUAUCUACGACAUACCAGCCUUGAUUGACACAAUACUGAACUCCACUCAUGCAUCCAAAGUAAAUGUGAUUGCACAUUCCCAGGGUACCACAUCAAUGUUUGUCCUAUUGUCGUCCAGAGAAGAAUAUAAUGAUAAAGUCAAUCUCGUCAUUAACUUAGCCCCAAUGUGCUUUAUGGAAAAUAUACCACCACCUGUUUUAUCUAUGGCUCAGUAUACAAACGAGAUCAACGACAUCUUCAAAAAUUUUAGUGUAAACGAGGUUUUAGGUUUUUACAGUGCAGAAUCAAAAGCUCUUCGUUCGUUGUGUGCAUUGCCCUUGUUUGGUUACAGAUUGUGCCUUAUUGGGAUUUUAUCUACAAUUGGUGGUAAUGAUGCAGCUGAAAUAGAAUCAGAUUUCUUUCGCUAUCACAUUAAUAAUCAUUUUCCAGCGGGCACUUCUACAAAAUCAUUUGCCCAUUAUGGACAGAUAUUGCAACAUAAGUCGUUCCAACGAUAUGAUUAUGGUGAUUUAGAAAACAUGAAUAAAUACGCAUCCUCAAAGCCACCGGAAUAUGAUCUUGGCAAAAUAAGGACAAAAACCGCUUUGUUAGUUGCACAAAACGAUAAUUUCUCGAGAAUUUCUGAUGUGGAGCGUUUAAAAAAACAGUUAGUUAAUAUGGUCAACUAUACGAUACUGCCCCGGAAGCAAAUGAAUCACUACGAUUUUUUAUGGGGAGCAAAUACAAAAGACUAUUUAGAUCCAACUGUUUUUGAAGUGCUACGACAAUUUGGUUAAAUACACUUAAUACUCAAGAGGUUCCAUUGCUUUGUUGCUGAAAUGCAACGUAGGCGACAGUUUUCAUAUUUAUUUAUAUUUCGUGUACCUACGAUAAAAAAGAAGUUCAUUAAUCUAACAUUUCACAGUUGUAUGUACAGUGCUGCGACCACGCCUGAUUCUGCCACAGCAUAGCGGUGAACUUGUAGUGUUGUGUUGGUUUACAAGGUGUGGAUUUCUGACACAUCAGACAUCUAAGUAACAGGUUGACACGUGCAAUGAGAUAUUGUUCAUAAGGUUCAUGUCAUCAAUGCCGUACGCUAUGUUACAGUUUUUUGUAACUGAUGCCAUUACAACAUGGCAGCAUCAUUGACAUACUCAUAGAUAAUAACACUUUAAACCAGAGAAGUUCCAUUGAUGUUUUAUUUUGUAAAAUCAGUGUACCCAGGCUAAGAGAUGGCGCUGCGUUACUUUUACGCCCGUAGCGUACCGUCGCUAGAUGUCGCCCAUUAUGUUAAUAUCUACUAUUAUUGUAGCUCAAGAAAGUUAGCCCCCAGAUUUUUUUUUUUUUUAAUACAUCGUUAGUUCGCCAUUUGUUCUUGAUUGUUCUCUAUAAACAUUUGUUUGUUCUCGAUUUUUUUUUAAUUUGCAAUUCAAUAAAAUUGGUUAGGUAGGUUAUGUUAGACCAGUUAAAACAACGCACGAGCCGAGCGUAGCGUGCCGCGGCAGCGGCCGGCGAGUGCCAGAACCAAAUAGUAGGCGUUUCCCCCCAUUUUUAAUUAAUUGUUUUUAAAUAAACAACAAAAGAACAAACAAUUAUUUACAGCGAACAAUUAAGAACAAACUACGAACUAACGAUAUGCGAUAUUGAAAAUUCAAAAAUAGAAAAAAAUUUUUUUUUGGGGUGCUAAGUUUGAUGAGCCUAUUAUUGUAAACCUUAUUGAUUGCAUAUUGAUUAUUAUUGUAGUUUGUUAUUUAUUUGUGGAUGGAUAUUCUUAUUCGUGUGUAAUGUUCGAAGGUUACCUUUAAAGUAAGACUAGGCGUGCUAUGGUUACAACACGAUAGCAAAGAAUUUGUAAUAGUACAAGAAACGAUAGUCAAAUAUUGUUUUAGUAACUUAAGUAUUUUCCUUUUACUACUAGCUUCACCUAUCCAGCAUGUAUGUAAAAUGAUCGCCAUUGUAAUGAAGUUGCAGCGUACCAAAUAAAAUAGAUGGCAGCACUUUCAAUGCAAUUUUUUUUUUAUGUGCCAAUAUAAGGUAGCUGCAGCCUCCUGGACACACUGGUGUGUCUACAGGUGUAGGCCAGCCUAGCGGAACUCUAAGAAAAAAGCGAUUGUAUAAGACGUGCAGUUGGUAAUUACGUUGAUAGAUUGACAGAUGACAGCUAUAAUCUUGUAAAAAACGGAGAUAGCCGAAAUCUGCUACGUUUUAGGAGACUGUUCACUUUCAAACUUAGCCGGAUUAUACUUCGUCAACAUAAUAUUGUACCUACUAUUUCAAACUUAUCAAAUCACUGUACGUUUCAUACUAAACUAUAUUUCAAUUUUUACUUAGGAAGUCCCUCCCGCCUUUUAUUAUGUAGUAUUUACAACCUCUUUGCUGUAAGCGGUAUAUUUUGAAACAUCCGAUGACAUCGAUUUGAAGUUGUCAGGCAUCCAUUCACCACAUAAUACAAUGUCAUUCUAACACUAUAUAAAUGUCGUUGACUUAAUAUAUAAAUACAAUAAA